CACUUUUUUCGCUUUUUUUGAGCGCGACUCUUUUGUUCAACAUCAGACGCCAAAAUGCCGCCCCGCCAGUGGAUCGACAAGAAGAAUGCGAGCACUUUCCAGCUCUUCCACCGUUCUCAACAUGACCCGUUGAUCCACGACCCCCAAGCCGAGGACCGAGUCCUGCACCAAGUUAGCGGUCCUGCGCCUCCUUCCUCUGCUGCAUCGACAUCCUCGCAGAAGCCCCUCCGAAACUUGUCCGAUCUCCAGUCGGAAUUCAAGAGCCAAGCGAUUCGCCGCAAUGAGGGUGAAGCCGCCAACUAUGGGAUUUACUACGACGACUCUCGGUAUGACUACAUGCAGCAUUUGCGCGAACUUGGCACCGGUGGUGGCGAUGCGCACUUUGUGGAGGCCAAGGUUGAGAAGGCCAAAGGAAAGGCCAUGAAGCUGGAGGAUGCGCUGCGUCAAGUGUCUCUGGAUGACUCUCCAAGCGCGUAUGGGUCACAGUUUGGUGACAUGCGCUCGACUGCGUCCUCGCAUGUUCGCAAGCCAACGUAUCAAGACCAGCAAAAUGUCCCCGAUGCGAUUGCCGGUUUCCAGCCAGACAUGGACCCCCGUCUACGAGAGGCUUUGGAGGCCCUGGAAGAUGAGGAAUAUGUUGAUGAUGAGGAUGAAGAUCUUUUCGGCGAGUUGACGAAGAAUGGAGAGGAGUUGGAGCAGGGUGAUUGGGAGGAUACUUUGUUCGAAAAUGAGGAGUACGAUGAGGGAUGGGAGUCGGACGCUACUGAGAAAGCGCCCGUGCAGACAAACAGGACUGAUGCGCAGCGACACACAGAGGAAGCGCCAUCAGACGAGACUCCUGCCAAGGAUCUCGAGCCUGGUGAAAUGCCAGAGCACGAUGAACCCGCUCCGGAUAUGCAGCCUCAGGAUCAAGGAUGGAUGCAGGAGUUUGCCAAAUUCAAGAAGGAUGCCAAGACCGGCAAGACUGCCGCGCCUGCUGCACCCACGAUCGCGCCCUCCGAGCAACGCACUGUUGCUUCGACUGCCUUCACAGCUGGUGGUACUCCCAUUCGCCGAAAGAAGCGCAAGGGUGCUUUGACCAACCCCUCCAAUUACUCAAUGACUUCAUCUGCACUGGCCCGUACCGAGGGUCACCGGCUGCUGGAUGAUCGAUUUGAAAAGGUUGAGGCUCUGUACUCCCUCGACGAGGAAGAUGAGUAUGAUGAUAGCAUGUCCAUGGUCAGUGGUAUGACCGGAGCCACUGGCAUGACCGGCAUGUCUACCGCAUCCUCCAUGGCGCCUAGUCUUGUCGAUGGAAAUGGCGCAGCAGUCUCCCGCAGCGAUUUCCACAACGUCAUGGAUGACUUCCUUGCCAACUGGGACGACAACACCAGUGCUCAAGCCAAGCGCAAGGGCACCAAGCACAAGCGUGGCAAGAACGGCAACGAGGCUAUUGGUAUCCGCAUGCUUGAUGAAGUGCGGUCAGGCCUUGGCCCCGCUCGCUUCUCGGGUGUUAGUGACCGGAAGGUUCCUGGACGAGCUUAG